UCGCACGAAUGUAACUAAUUUUCUUAGGCAUUUCUAUCUGUCUUUGUUCCGCUUGUCACGUUUUAAAAUAACUCCCCCUUUAUCCCUUCCAGUGUCAGUGGUUUUUACGAAAAAAGAAACCUACAGUUUCGACCGAUCAAACGUGAAUUAUAUGAACACGGUGUGCUAUGUCAAUGAUGUCGCGGUAACGACAGAUCUUUGCCUAUCAAAGCUCAAGAAAGGCGCGAAACAAUCUUGAAAUUAACAUCUUGAAACGUAUUAUAAACGUAUUAUAUCGACAGCAAUUAAAAUAUAUUGUCUUGUCAUUACGACAAUUAUAAACUCUCUCGUUAAGUAUUAAUUAGUGCGUAUUCGAAAACUUCGAUUUUUUUAAAAAACACAGUGCAGAAAUCUUGACAAGACUAAUAUGCUUCUCUCUAAAAGAAGUGAAAGCUUCGAGUUAAGUCGUUGUGCGUCGCGUGAAACGAAUUAACCUAACAAAAAUUUGUUAUCUAUAGAAAUGUUGAAUCUUGUUCAGUGUUACGAAAACUUCUUCAAGGAGAUAUACAUUUUGAUGGAUCUGGAAUUAUCUUGAAUUAUUGAACCUUGAAUCCUUUUCGUAUGCAUAAAAUAGCUUGCAUAUCAACGUCAAAAAUGUUUGGUUGCCCUAGAGAAGCUGUGCGUGUCAAAGUGAAGAAAUGCGAAACAAGGCAUCAGCCGGAAUAUCGAAAAUUCAGCGUAGACCCACAGAUAACAUCCAUUGAAGUGCUUCAAAGUAUACUCAUCAAAGCAUUCGACAUCAAAGGAGAAUUCACAGUUUCAUAUCGAGCAAUAGAUGAUUAUGGAUCAGAAACAUAUUUAUUUUUGCUUUCUGAUUGGGAUUUGGAUGCAGCAUUUAUUAGCGCCUCUGAACCAUAUUUAUAUUUGCAAGUCAACUUAAAACCAUUUGGAGAGACAGGUGAUUGUGAGUGUUACUGGGAACAGAAUGCACAGGAAGUGUCGACUCGGCAAGAAACCGGAUUUCCAUACAAGACACCCAAAUUACCGGGUCUCAUAAUGAAUAAGAUGGAAAGAACAUUAAAUAUGGUUCAACGUGCUUUGGGUAAUUUAAGUGAAGAAUCAUCUCACCAACAAAGUGCUCAACCACCACGACCACCAUUGACAGAUGCGGAGUUUCGAAGAUUUUUGGAUCCUAUUGGACAAGUAAUACAUCCUAAAGAACUAAGAGCCGUGAUAUACUUUGGUGGAAUUGAACCUAGUUUACGAAAAGUAGUUUGGAAACAUAUUUUAAAUGUAUAUCCCGAAGGCAUGUCCGGUCGCGAAAGAAUGGAUUACAUGAAGAAAAAAUCACAAGAAUAUCAAAAUCUUCGAGAAAGAUGGAAAACGUUGGUGCAAAAAGGACAAAAUAUUGGAGAUUUGGCAUAUGUAACAAGUAUGGUACGGAAAGACGUUUUAAGAACAGAUAGACAUCAUAAAUUUUAUGGUGGUUCUGAUGAUAAUCAAAAUACAGCCAGUCUUUUUAAUAUUUUGACAACGUAUGCCUUAAAUCAUCCGAGUGUUAGCUAUUGUCAAGGUAUGAGCGAUUUGGCUUCACCUUUAUUGGUUACUAUGAGAGACGAAGCACAAGCAUACAUAUGCUUGUGUGCUCUUAUGAGAAGAUUAAAAGAUAAUUUCAUGCUUGAUGGAAUUGCAAUGACUACGAAAUUUGCUCAUUUAGCUGAAGGUUUGCAACAUUAUGAUCCAGACUUUUAUACUUAUCUAAAAUCUCAUCAAGCGGAUGAUUUAUUGUUUUGUUACCGAUGGCUUUUAUUAGAAAUGAAGCGUGAAUUUGCUUUGGAUGAUGCUUUAAGAAUGCUUGAAGUUUUAUGGGCUGCUUUGCCAGCAUCACCGCCGAAUGGAGAACUUAAUUUAGCUGAAGUACCUUUUCCUCCACCUUCACCACCUCCAAGUCCAAAUGUGAAACAUAUUCGUGAAAAUGCAUAUACAAAAGUUUGUGCUAUCAGACGACAAAGUUCUUCUGCGAGUAUUGCUACUGCUGGUAAAAGAAAAACUUUAAAUACAGAGGAUCCAUCUUUGCAAAGCUCCUCAGAAACAAACGGUGACUCAAAAAGAUCGAGCUCUCCUUACGAGACGUUUUCUGAACCAGAGAAUGAUUUGAUGACAGCGAAAAAUCGAAGAAACACAGAAUCUACGGAAAAGUGCCUAAGUACAGAUUCUUUGUCUGGUAAAUCUAAACGUGUAAACUUGCUGGAAUUGAAAGAAAGAUUGUCGUUACCUAGUAAAGAUCAAAUUAAAAAUAACGAACAAAAUGAUGGCGAAAAGAAAUGUGCUCGAGUAGUAAAAAAUCUGAACGAAUUUUUAAAUUUUACGAGUCUCAAUCGUAGUAAAAUAACACCAAGUGAUGCUGAACCAGAAUUGAGACGUGUUUCGAGCGAAAGCGGAGUGAUUAGAGUUUUAAGAGAUGAACCUAGUUCUCCAGAUGAUCCAACAGAUUUUUUUCCAAUGACUACUUCUAUGACUAGAGAAUUAAGACUGGAAUUAGAAUCACUCGAUCGACAAGUUUUCGGACCAUCACCGCCAAGCGAUCAACAGUGUGAUUGUGUUCUUUCUAAAAGAGAAAGUGAAUUAGUUGAUAGCGAAACAGAUACGGAAUUAGCAAGAUGUAGUCCAGCUGCUGAUGUAUUUGUAUGGGAGAAUCCUUUACAUACAUUACAACAAAAAAAUCAUCCAGCUACUCCCGAUGAACAAGCGGAACUUGAAUAUGAUGGCGAAAUAUUAGAAGAUCAAAAUGGUGUUAAAUCUGUUACCCCAAUUAGAUUACUUAAACGUACUACGAGGUCUGAAUCUGCUUCGGAUAGUGAAGAGGCAGAAAGUUGGCAUCAAAAUGCAACGAUACAAGAAAGUCCAAUAAAACAAUCAAUACAAGAACACUGCGAAGAAGCUACAGAGCUUACAAAUCUUAUUCCUGCAGGAACUUGUGAAGAUCAAUUGGGAGAAAGUUCACUACCUCCACCUCAUGAAUUUGGUGGUGGUAAUCCAUUCCUUAUGUUCUUGUGUAUUACUCUAUUAUUACAACAUAGAGAUUUUGUUAUGCGUAAUCAAAUGGAUUAUAACGAAAUGGCAAUGCAUUUCGAUAAAAUGGUUCGACGACAUAAUGUUAUUCGAGUGCUCAAUCAAGCGAGACAAUUAUUCGCUGGUUAUCUUAGAAGGCAUUCUUCAUCAUCAUUAGCUGCGAAAUCAGAUUCUGUAAAUGUAUAAUCUCAUAAUGCUUGAAUGUUGUACUUAUUAACAUAAGUAAAAUGGACGAUUUUAAAAUAUUGUAUCAUUUAAGAUAAAUCAUGAAAAAAAUAAGUUUAAAAUAUGUUUUUUAGAUCUGAAAUAUAAAUCAAAACAUCUUCUGUAAAUGAAAAAAAAUAUCAGAUAAAAUACGUAUCAGUGAUAAAUUAGGCAAUAAGAAAUUUAAAUAAUCUCCUCAAGGUGCUCUUUUAACAUGCGUUCGUAAAAAAUAAUGAACUUUUUGUGUAUUCUUUUAAUCUUUUUAAUUAUAAUGAUUGAUAUAUUUUCAAUUUAAAUAUUAUCAUUAAUUAACGAAGAUAUAUUUCAAGAAAUAUUAACUUUUACAUUAUUUAUUUGCAUUUAUCUAUUCUUCUACUGCCUACUAAUGAAUUUCUUAUUAAAAUAAAAAGUUUAUUUUCUUAGAAAAAAA